UACAGUUGAUUUUAUCCACAUCGUGUUUCGAGCAGCAAAUAUCUGCACUACUGCUAAAGGUUCGAAUUUCAGCUUCAAUCAGCUUCAAUUGUGGUCCUGGAUAUAUGCUGCAGAUACUUCGUUUUGUUUUGGACAGCUAUACGCUACCAGACCAGUCUCGUUCAAUAUGGAAGAGAUAGGACCGCAAUUGAACGAUGCUACUAAGCAUGCCAAUGCGAUGGUUUGAAUCACGACAGCGCUCCUUCAUAUAUCUUUCGAAUAUGAUAUUAAGAUGUCUUAACAGCAUUUCAUCUUAAUCUUAUUUUCGUUGUCUUCCAAUGCACACUAGCACGUUUUGCAAAAAGCCUAUUCUAUAUAGCGUUUUGCUACUGAUCACCUCUACAGAUGCCUCAAUUAAACCAAGAGAUACCAGAAUCGUUCAUAAUCCCUCUGUCAUUAACCCUAAUGCUGACACGAUAUGGCACGCUGGUUCGUCCGUCACCAUUACAUGGGAUACAAGUACCGUACCCCUAGGCAACAAAUCUAAAGGGAAGGUGGUCCUUGGCUACUUGGAAAAAGGAAAGUCUGAUGAACAUCUUGAUAUUGAACACCCUCUUGCAGAGAACUUUUAUAUCGAGGAUGGUUUUGUUCAGAUUACUGCUCCUGACGUUUCUCCUAGAAAUGACUAUAUCGUUGUUUUAUUCGGAGAUUCGGGAAACAAGAGCCCAGCGUUUACUAUUACCUAG